UAAAGUUUCAAGUUAACCACCAACUGCUGGGCUCUAUCAGCAAGCCAACGAAAUGAGUGAGACCAAGAAACUACUCGCCCAAUUGCUGUGCGACAUUUACGGCAAGGAAGAGGAGCUUGCAAGAAGCGUGCGGCUCUCUGGUGGAGGCAUGGAUCCCUAUCCAGAGGACUGUCCUUCAAGAUCCCCAGUAAAGAAGAAGGGACAAAUGUCCCGCCUGGUCAACGGUGUGACGGGUGGUCGUGCAGUCUUGGAAAAACUGGAUGUUCUCAAGCUUGCCAAUGUCGCUGAUAUUCUCAAGACGGAGAUCCUCCUGAUGGGCUAUCUGCUUCAGACUGUCCUCAUAGCCAGGGAUCGCAAAAAACGGCAACAGGAGGUGCUGUGCAAGUUCAUCAUCACCACACUGGAGAGAUGUGAGUAA